AACAUAAUCAUGGAACUUGUGGGCAAUAUCAAAAACUACGAAUGGGGCAAGCUGGGACAACAAUCACAAGUGGCAAAAUUGGCCAAAGCCAACAAUGAUAAUUUUACAAUUAAUGAGGAAGCCCCCUAUGCCGAACUGUGGAUGGGUACCCAUUGCAGUGGUCCAUCGCUGCUCAAGUCAACGGGCACCGAAUUGGGUCAGGUGUAUGAACAACCUUUGCCCUAUCUCCUGAAAGUGUUGAGUAUACGCAAAGCUUUAAGUAUACAGGUGCACCCGAAUAAGGAUGAAGCCAAACAUUUGCACAGAGAGCGACCGGAUAUCUAUAAAGAUCCAAAUCACAAACCCGAACUGGCCAUAGCUUUGACUCCAUUCACAGCCUUGUGUGGUUUUCGACCCUAUGAAGAAAUCUAUCAAUUUUGUCAAGAACUACCAGCCCUAAAGAAGCUACUUGGGGGAGAUAACAUCAUUGAGAAUUUACGCAAUGGCAAGCAUAGUGAUUUGAAAAAAUGCUAUCAGGCCCUAAUGACGGCCGAUCCAUCGGCAAUUGCCCAAUGUAUUGAUGACAUUGCAAACAAUUAUAUGACCAUCCUUGAAAAAUAUCAUUUACAUGAUAUUUUCAAAACCAUUAACGCUGACUUUCCCGAUGAUGUUGGUGUUCUAUCGUUGUUCUUUGUCAAUCUGAUUCAUCUGCAACCUGGAGAAUCCAUCUAUUUGGGUGCCAAUGAAAUACAUGCCUAUUUAUCCGGAGAUUGUAUUGAAUGUAUGGCCUGUUCCGAUAAUGUUAUACGUGCCGGUCUCACCCCCAAAUACAAAGAUGUUCAACAGCUGUUGACUUCGUUAAAUUACACAGGUUCGGCAGCUGAGACACGUCUAUUUAAAGCAAAAAUCCUCGAUGAAUAUACAAAAAUAUUUGCCCCACCUGUCGAAGAUUUUGCCGUUGUCAAUAUCCUCUUGCCAGAAACCCAAUCAUCUACAUAUUCAUUAAAAUUACCACAACAUCCGGGAAUAUUAUUAGUUUUAAGCGGUUCUCGAAUUUUACAACUUAAAGGACAUUCCAAUUUAGUAUUAAAAACUGGUUCGAUUAUUUUCAUACCACCCGAUUGUAUGGAUAGCAUUGAGUUUUUACACACAGAGACGCCGAGCGACUUUCAAGCAUAUUUGGCCACUAUAAAUUCGUUUUGAUUUAAC